CAAUUUAUCAAGGCUGAAGUACUCAUGCAAACAAACUCUGUCAAGCCUAUUUGUACCUCAGCAACCUUAUGAUUCCUGCCUGUCUUAUCACUUAAACUGACUUGGUUUUUUUCCUCAGUUGAUCUGCAGUCAAGAGUAAAGGUAAAUCACUAUGGACAAUCAAGAUGAAUAUUUACUUAACUUCAGAGGCUAUAACUUUGAAAGAACUUUAGUUAAAAUGAACAUAGUGGAAAACAUGGAUGAUCAGGAAAUUAGAGAUGAUGAUGUCUUCAUAGUCACAUAUCCAAAAUCUGGUACCGUCUGGACACAGCAGAUCCUCAGCCUGAUUUAUUUUGAGGGCCACCGGAACAACACUGAAAACAUCCAAACAAUAGACAGAGCACCAUUUUUUGAGUACAAUAAUCAUAAUAUGGACUUUGCCAAAAUGCCAUCACCUCGUAUCUUUUCUACCCACCUCCCAUAUUAUUUGGUGCCAAAAGUUUUCAAGAACAAAAAAGUCAAAAUUCUUUAUAUCUACAGAAAUCCUAAAGAUGUUUUGACCUCCUACUUUCAUUAUUCAAAUUUGAUGGUUAUACUUGAAGCCUCAAACACUAUAGAAACGUUUAUGCAAACAUUUCUAGAUGGAAGAGUGGUAGGAAGCAAUUGGUUUGACCACAUAAGAGGCUGGUAUGAACACAGACAUGACUUCAAUAUUAUGUUCCUGAGCUAUGAAGAUAUGAAGAAGGACCUCAGGGGCUCAGUGCUUAAAAUCUGCAGUUUUCUAGAGAAAGAACUGAGUAAAGAAGAUGUGGAUGCUGUUGUGAGACAAGCUACAUUUCAUAACAUGAAAUCUGACCCACGAGCAAAUUAUGAAGAUAUUAUAAAAAAGGAAAUUGGGACAAGAAAUGAUCAGGGAACAUUCCUCCGCAAAGGAACCAUUGGAGACUGGAAGCAUCACUUGACUGUGGAUCAGAAUGAAAGAUUUGACAGAAUAUUCAACAGGAACAUGAAAAACAUUCCCUUAAAGUUCAUCUGGGAUAUAAAUGAGGAGUAGAAUUUUAAUUACCAUUUGAAUUAAUCAUAUAAAAAUGUACUAACCAAAGGCCAUACUUAAAUAUUAAAAAUAAUUUCUUCCUCUCAUUUAACUAUGAAUAUAAAGCAUAAUUCUUGAAUGAGAAAAUUAACUUAAGCUUUGCUUGCUGGCCAUAUUAUUGAUUUCAAAAGUAGCUACUAGAAUUGGUAUCUUUUACGAAAUGCUUUAACAGAAAACAUAAAAAAUGGCUUAUAGUCUUCAGAGAUUCUUCGAUAGUUAACAUUUUUUUACCUAUAAUUAAUUUAGGAUAGAAUAAACACUAAAAAUCCAAUUACUCUUAUAAUUAACUUUAAUUGAUUGCUUUCAAAAUCAAUAUACUCAUUCAAAUGUACUAUGUGGAAUAAAGAGAGAUAUCAUAUAAAAACA